AUGAAGUCCUCUGCUCUCACAUCCCUCGCCAUAGGAGCGCUCCAUGUAGUCACUGCUCUCCGCUUCACCAACCCCAAUUUCAACAACAUCACCAUUGGAAAGCCUCUCAAUAUCACCUGGGAUGAUGCAUCAGGUCCGGUAUCUCUGACUUUGGUCAAAGGGGGAACCCCCGCACUUUUCGCAACCGUUGGAACACUUGCCAGUGACUUGACAGCAACCUCAUACCUAUGGACUCCAAGCUCCUCCCUACUGCGUGAUACAUACGACAUAGUAUUCCGCGACUCGUCCAAUUCAGUACACAGUUUUCAAUUUGAGCUCGUCAACGCUCCAAUCAGUGUCACCACUACCAGCGCGGCGUCUGUAGCUGCGGCUGCUCCAACGUACACGACCACAUUCAUGUAUCCCAACUAUGCGAAUGGUGCUGGUGCUUGA